UUACAAAGUUGUUUGGAAUAAUUUUAUCAGUUUUGUUGUUUUCAAAAUGGCAACUGCAAAUAUUGACCAAGAAAUGGAACCUGCCCUAAAUCAAAACGAAGAGCUGCUUGGCAUUACACCUUCUCGUCGGUCGCCCCAUGGUGGGGUUUCUAGGAAACGUAAAGUUGAUAGGAGUAGUUGGAAACAAAGUGUAAGAAAAAUCCAACGUCAGUCGGGUAAAGCUUAUAAAAAUACGAAAGGAGAACAAAUGCCAAAAAGAUCUAUUGUUGCACUAAAAAGUUGCAGAAAUUGUAAAUUUAAAUGUUCUACCAAUAUAUCUGAGAUUGAGCGUCAAAUAAUAUUUGAUAACUUUUGGACCUUAGAUGAUAACGGAAAAAAACAUUUCUAUUCUAAAACUACUGAAAAUCUGGAGAAAAAACGCUGUCGGACAGCUGCUGGUGACAAUUCAAGAAGAAAAACAUCUUAUUAUUAUAGCUUUUUUGUUUCUAAUACACAAUAUAGAGUUGGUAAAUCAUAUUAUCUUUCAACAUUGAAUAUUAGCAGCCAUAGAGUGUUUUACUUUCAAAAGUUUAAUAAAUCUUUAACUAGUGGAACACCAUUGCAAUCAAAAUCAGGGAAACAUGUUAAAAAAAGGUUACUAGAAGAGUCUAAACAAGUUGUACGAGACCAUAUUAACCUUUUCCCGAGAAUUGAUGCUCAUUAUAGCAGGAAAAAGACACAUAAAGAAAACAUGGAAGGAUCACUAAAUAUAGGUAGAGUGUAUGAUCUUUAUAAAAUAUAUUGUGAUGAAAAUGUCUCUCCUCCAGCAAAAGAACAUAUGUAUCGUUAUAUCUUUAAUCACGAGUUCAAUAUAGAAUUUCAAAAACCGAAGAAAGAUUUAUGUGACACAUGCUAUGAGUAUCGCAACAUUGUUAAUGCAAGCAAUGAACAAACAGAUAGUUAUAAUAAGCACAUAAAAUCAAGGAAUGAUACCAAAACUGAACGUGAAAAUGAUCGCCAAAAUGUUGAUUCUAAAACUGCAAUUGUUUGUAUUGACCUUGAAAAUGUUUUAAAUUUGCUUAGAGCUAAUGUGGGAAACUUUUAUUACAAACAAAAACUUUCAAAUUAUAACUUAACUGGUCAUUGCUCGCUUAACAGGAAGGGUUAUUGCAUCCUUUGGCACGAAGCCAUGACUGGUCGUGGAGGAAAUGAUCUAGCCAGUGCUGUAACAUGUUUGCUUUUGAAAAUCAUGGCUGACCUUGACAUAAAUAAGUUCAUACUUUGGUUCGAUUCAUGUGUACCACAAAACCGCAAUAGUUUCAUGUCAGCAGCUUUGUGUGAAUUUAUAAUAUGAUACCCACAAAUAAAAGUAAUUGAACAGAAGUUCUGCGAGCCAGGUCAUUCCAGCAUUCAAGAAUGUGACAACAUUCAUAGUCAGAUAAUUAUUAAUUUUCAGAUAAUUAUUCACAAGCUCGUAUAAAUAAGUCUGUCAAGAAAGCAGCAUCAACCAUUGUUGCAAAACCAUUAAAUACCAAUAUACCAAUGGCAGCUUGUUUUCGUGCUUCUUAUCAGUCUAUAUCUGUUGCAAAAGCCAAUGAUAUCAUUUCCAUGUAUUCAUACAUGCCUGCUGUUGAUAUUGCAUUUUAUAAAACAAUAAUAAAUUGAACAUUUACAAAACAUUAAUAAAGUCAAAAUAUUUUUAGGGUUGUUAUAUGUUUAGUAUAAAUAUAAAUAACAUA